GCGGUGCUGGGCACCGAGCCGGGCGCCAGCCCCCGCAAGGGCACCGGGGACAAAGGCUUUGCCUGCAGCCUCUGCCCCUUCGUCACCCACUACCCCAACCACUUGGCGCGGCACAUGAAGACGCACAGUGGGGAGAAGCCAUUUGCCUGCCCACUCUGCCCCUACGCCUCCGCCCACCUCGACAACCUGAAGCGGCACCAGCGAGUGCACACAGGCGAGAAGCCCUACAAGUGCCAGCUUUGCGACUACGCCUGCGGCAACUUGGCCAACCUCAAGCGUCACGGGCGCAUCCACUCGGGUGACAAGCCCUUCCAGUGCAGCCUCUGCAGCUACAGCUGCAACCAGAGUAUGAACUUGAAGCGGCACAUGCUGCGGCACACGGGCGAGAAGCCCUUCCAGUGCCGGGACUGCCCCUACACCACUGGCCACUGGGACAACUACAAGCGCCACCAGAAGAUCCACGGCCACACAGCCGAGAGCUGGGUAAACCCACGUAAUGCCAAAGCCCUCCUGGCCCCUCCAGCUGUGGGCACAGCCCUGCCCUGAGACAGCACUUAGCCCGGCUGCAGGGGCUCCCAGCCCUGCGUCGGGCCUGGGGUGCCUCAG